AUGAAGAAUAGUUUAGGGUCUUGCCGGGGUCACUCGGGCCAGAGCAGCAGCUCGCUAAGGCGCUUACUUCAUCCGGCCAAGUGUAAAUGCAGUAUACCUCUGCCUCUGCUGCUUAUCUGUGCUUACUUCAGCAGCAGCAGCAGCAGCAGCAGCAGCAGCGGCAGCAGCAGCAAAGAGAACAGCAACAGCAACAGCGACAGAAGCAAAAUGACCAACAACAGCAGCAACAGCAGCAGCAGCAAAAUGAACAACAGCAACAAUAACACCAACAGCAGCAGCAGCAGGAUGAAGGGGCUGUUAAGAAGCAGCAAAACAGCAGCAGCAGCAGCACAAAGAGCUGCGCCUCUCAGCGUUGCUGCUGCUGUUGAAAUAAUCAGAAUUACCCAGCUGCUGCAGGAGGCGCAGCAGCAAGCAGAAAAGACGCAGCUGCUGCUGCGAGAUGUACAAGGACUCAGAACAGCAGCAGAAACAGGAGACAGACAAACAAAUACUGUUGCUGAGACGCCACACAGAAACCAUGAGAAGGGAGCAGCAACAAAUGAGUCAAGAGAUCUCCAGCAUCACCCUUCGUAUAAGACAAGCUCGUGGAGAAACAGUAACAAAGCAUCAUACUUGGCAGGCAAGAGAGCAGCAAAGAUGCAGCAGCAACAGAAGCAGCAGCAACAGAAGCAGCAGCAACAGGAGCAGCAGCAACAGAUGCAGCAGUAA